UUAAUCCACGAUUUUGACGCAGCUGACGUGUUGCUAAAAAUUUAUUUCUUGCUAUCAUCGUCCCAUAAAAAGUGUUUUCAAUAUAAAAAUUAUUUUUUUUUCUUCAUCCAAAACUAAGCAAAUGUAAUUUCUUAGCUCACCUUAAACUCCUAUUGUAUUCAAAAUUUGUGUAAAAUUAAAAUAAAACCUCAAAAAUGGCACUCCUUACAAUGAUAGCACGAGUAAUUGAUGGUCUUCCACUGGUCGGCACUAUGCAAGAUGACGAACAAUCUGGUCGCAGCAUAUUAGAAUACCAAAACCAAGCAAAAAUGCUUUUUAGGAAAUUGGGAUCACACUCGCCAGCACGAUGCAGUAUUGAAACAGGACCUUAUCUAUUCCACUAUUUAAUUGAAAACGAUGUAUGCUAUCUUGUUAUGUGCGAUAAAAUGUAUUCAAAGCGAUUAGCAUUUAACUAUCUUGAAGAUCUUGCCCAAGAGUUCCAUGGGACGUAUGGUAGACGAGUUAAUUCAGUGACUCGUCCUUAUGCAUUUAUCGAAUUCGAUGUUUACAUCCAAAAAGCCAAAAAACAGCUAACAGAUAGAAGAAGAAACAUAAAUACAAUCAAUACACAAUUGCAAGAUGUCCAGAGAAUAAUGGUACAAAAUAUCGAUGAUGUUUUACAAAGAGGAACAGUUUUAUCAGAACUUGAUACGAAAACUCAAAACCUGUCAAUGAUGUCGCAGAAAUAUAAAAAAGAUGCAACAUAUUUAAAUCGUAAAUCUAUGUAUGUUAAGGCAGCAGCUGCUGGAAUUGUUCUUGUAGUGUUUAUAUUAUAUUUUUGGGUAUUAUAAGGAAAAUAGAAAAGAAAAACAAAGAAGCUAUAUAAAAAACGAACACACUGUGCAUAAAUUAUUUUUAAAAAAUAUAUUACAUUAAAAAUUCAAGAAAAACA